CAAGAAAAGAACAAACUAGAACUAAUUGAUGAUCGAUCAUCAUCAUCAAGCUCUCCGCCUCAGAAACACACACUCCACCAAAAACACACACUAAAUCAGUGAUCAAAGCCAGUGAGCAUGACAGAAUUCUUGGAGCUGGAGUCCCAGGACGGAGUACGCAUGCCCUGGAACGUAAUCCCCGGCACGAAACAAGAAUCAGCACAAUGCAUCAUCCCCGUCUCCGCCAUCUACACUCCUCUCAAACCCCUCCCCUCUGCGCCACCUCUCCUCCCCUACUCUCCUCUCCGUUGCCGCAACUGCAGAUCCGUGCUCAACCCCUUUUCGAUUGUUGAUUAUUCGACCAAGAUCUGGAUCUGCUCGUUUUGUCUGCAUCGCAAUCACUUCCCGCCUCAUUAUCAUUCUAUUAGUGAUGAUAAUCUCCCGGCCGAGCUGUUUCCGCAGUACACUACGAUUGAGUAUCAGUCGGGGGAGGCGGGGCAGGCUCCGAUGGGGAGUAAUGUGUUUUUGUUUGUGAUUGAUACGUGUGUGAUUGAGGAGGAAAUUGGGUUUUUGAAGAGUGCGUUGACGAGGGCGGUGGGGAUGAUUCCCGAGAAUUCGCUUGUCGGGUUGAUUACGUUUGGGAGUUAUGUGAGUGUGCAUGAAUUGGGGUUUGGGAUGAUCCCGAAAGUCUAUUGUUUUAAGGGGGGGAAGGAAAUUAGUAAAGAUCAGGUUUUGGAGCAGAUGGGGUUUUUUGCUAAGAAGCCGAAGCCUACGGGGGUUAUUGCGGGGGUUAGGGACGGGCUCUCGCAGGAGAGUAUUGCGAGGUUCUUGUUGCGUGCGUCGGAUUGUGAAUUUUCUCUCAACGCGGUGUUAGAGGAGCUUCAAAAAGAUCCCUGGCCCGUGCCAGCAGAUCAACGCGCAGCUAGGUGCACUGGGACUGCGUUGAGUAUUGCUGCUCAUCUACUGGGAGUGUGUGUUCCAGGCACUGGGGCUAGAAUCAUGGCAUUUUUGGGUGGACCAACAACAGAAGGACCAGGCACUAUAGUUUCAAGGAGUUUAUCUGAACCUAUACGUUCUCACAAGGACCUUGAUAAAGAUUCUGCUCCUUAUUAUCAUAAAGCGGUGAAGUUCUAUGAAGGACUUUCAAAGCAGCUCAUACAUCAAGGGCAUGUCCUUGAUGUAUUUGCUUGUGCUCUUGACCAGGUCGGGGUUGCUGAACUUAAAGUAGCUGUUGAAAAGUCUGGUGGGUUAGUUGUGCUUGCAGAAAGCUUUGGCCAUGCUGUAUUUAAGGACUCUUUGAAACAUGUUUUUCAAUCUGGAGACCUGGAUCUAGGUCUUGCGUCGAACGGAAUUUUUGAGGUGAACUGCUCUAAGGAUAUCAAAGUUCAAGGCAUUAUUGGCCCCUGUGCAUCACUUGAGAAGAAAGGUCCUCUAUGCUCCGAAACAGUUAUCGGUCAGGGGAAUACUACGGCAUGGAAGAUGUGUGGCCUUGAUAAGUCCACUUCUUUGUGUUUAAUGUUUGAGAUUGUGAAGAAGGAAAGCCCAGAUGCUAUUACUCAGUCAGCGAACAACCAAUUUUAUUUUCAAUUUUUGACUUAUUAUCAACAUAGUAGUGGACAAAUGAGACUUCGUGCUACCACUCUUUCCAGAAGAUGGGUUGCUGGACCUGGAAGCAUACAGGAUCUGAUUGCUGGAUUUGACCAAGAAGCAGCUGCUGUAGUCACUGCACGCCAAGUUUCUUUUAAAAUGGAAACUGAGGCUGAGUUUGAUCCUAUAAGAUGGCUGGAUAAAUCGUUAAUACACAUGUGUUCUAGGUUUGGGGAUUACCAAAAGGAUAGUCCUUCUUCUUUUAGCUUAUCAACAAGAUUUUCGAUAGUUCCGCAGUUCAUUUUCCAUUUACGUCGUUCCCAGUUUGUUCAGGUCUUCAACAACAGCCCAGAUGAGACAGCAUAUUUUAGAAUGAUCUUGAACAGGGAAAAUGUUGCGAACUCAGUUGUGAUGAUUCAACCUUCACUAAUCUCCUACUCUUUCCAAAGUGCUCCAGAAGCAGCACUUCUAGACGUGGCUUCAAUUUCCGCCGAAAGGAUUCUUCUAUUAGAUUCUUAUUUUACAGUUGUAGUAUUCCAUGGUUCUACUAUUGCUCAGUGGAGAAAAGCUGGCUAUCAUACCCAGCCAGAACAUGAGGCAUUCGCCCAGUUGCUGCGAGCUCCUACAGAUGAUGCUGCUGCGAUAGUAAAAGAAAGAUUUCCAGUACCGCGUUUAGUUGUUUGUGAUCAGCAUGGCUCUCAGGCUCGUUUUCUAUUAGCAAAAUUAAAUCCUUCUGCGACAUACAACUCUGAUGGCCCUCCUGUUCAUGGAGGAGAUGUCAUCUUCACUGAUGAUGUCAGCUUUGAGGUAUUUUUGGACCAUCUUCAGCGGUUGGCAGUUCAAUAGGUUUUGUCCUAAACAAUUAUUAGAGGUUAGCAGUAAAUUAGAAUACAAAAAGACCUCCAAUUUUGUAAUAUCUACUCUUUAAAAAUUCGUGUACAGUAAUUUGAUGCACAUGACUCCACUUAAUGUUGUUUAGUUUUUCACAUAAUCAUGUAAUGCUUAUUUAAAAGCUUAAUAAUACAAUUGAUUGCAUAAGUGGUAAAUUACGUAAUAUGGAGUUCAAUUUUCUCGAACA